AUGUUAUUACUGAGUUUGAACCUCUUUAAAUUAGAAAAGGUAUUGCACAAGAAAGAAAAAAAUAAAUUUAAUAUCCUCCUAAUUUCUGUUAAGUAGAAUCAUUAGGCCAUGAUAUCAGUAUUUGAUCAUGAAUAAAGUGGCUUAAGAAUAUAAAGUACUCUUGAUUGUAUUAUGAAUUUAACCAGGUCUAUGAGACCUUGCUAAUAGAAUAUGAAGAAAACAAUAGCUAAAAUAAUAGACUAAUUCUAAAAUUCAAUUAAUCAAUAUCAAAUUGGAGUGGCUUUUGUAGGUUACAGAGAAAUACACUUGAGAGCAAUCGAUUUUUGUACCCUUGAUGAUGAAAAACAUAGAAAAAAUUGUAAUUUUACAUUGUAAUUUUUAGAUAGAGCAAUACAUAUUAGAUAAUCUAUAAAUAACUAUUCUUCCAAGAAUAUCGCAUAACUCGAAAAUAAUUGAUGGGGAUCACAUGCUAUUUAUUAAAAUUUUACAAAAAAAUUUGGAAACUUAUAUAAAAAGUUAAAAUCAAAGGGGACUAAGCAGAGGAUGUAGUCUCUGCAUUCGAAUAAACUUUCAAAACUUAAUUUUUUCUCCUCAUUAUGACGGCUUACUAUGAAUAUUUUCAUUUGCUGAUGCUCUUUGCCAUGGAAGGGACUAUCAUAAAACUCAAUCUGAUGACUAGAUUGAUAAAUAUGCCAAAAAUUAUUUUGAAAAUGUUUUGGAAAAAUUUUAAUGAAUCAAAACAGAAUAAUUUUUUAUAUAGUAUAAAAAUCAACAAUAGAACAGACAUUAUGUUUGAAAAAAUGAAAGCAAUCAUUCAAUUGUAGAUAAUAACAACAGAAUAAAAAUCUCAAAACUUUGUUGAUGUCAUUGGAUUUACAUUGAGAAUGUUUAAAACAGAAUCUAAAAGGUUAAAGUCAUGA